AUUAUAAUGUUUAGUACGCAGAGAAAGGCGCGCAGCUUGCAAAAAGGCAGGAGCAGACGCAUGGAGCGCGCACUCAAUUUAUGACAGCUGAACACGGACGUACAUUACAUUCUGUCUGCACAUCUUUAAUCAGAACACUUGGAUUACACUUGGAGACAACGGGCUGACGCCAUGCACCCUUGUUCUUUCCGCGUGUGUUUUCGUGUGUUUUUGCUCAUAUUUGCAAUUCUAGGCGAAGCUGCACCUUUCAACCUGGAUUUGGAAAAGCCAGCAGUUUACAAUGGACCAGAGGGAAGUUAUUUUGGAUACUCACUGGACUUUUACCACCCAACACAGGAUAGAAAUGUCAUGUCGGUUCUAGUUGGGGCUCCUAAAGCGAACACCUCUCAGCCAGGGAUUGUGGAGGGAGGAGCGGUGUACUACUGCCCCUGGCCGGCAUCAGACCCAGACUCCUGCCGCCAGAUCCCCUUUGAUAAAGCAAAUAACCGAAUGAUUAAAGUGAACGGGACAAGGGAGCCUCUAGAAUUUAAAUCCCAUCAGUGGUUUGGAGCCUCAGUCAGGACCCACAAAGACAAAGUGGUGGCUUGUGCGCCCCUCUAUCACUGGAGGUCAGUGAAGGUCAGCAGUGAGAUGGAUCCAGUGGGAACUUGUUAUGUGGCUGUGCAGAACUUCAGUGCCUAUGCUGAGUAUUCUCCAUGUCGAACCAAUAACCCGGACCCCGAGGGCCAGGGCUUCUGCCAGGCGGGCUUCAGCGUUGAUUUUACUAAGGAAGGGACUCUGGUUGUGGGAGGGCCAGGGAGUUUCUACUGGCAAGGUCAAGUGAUCACUGCAGGUGUUGCAGAAAUAUUAAACGGCUAUUCCCUGAAAAAUAUUCUGCGCAAAGUUCAGGGAGAGAAGCAGACGGUGGCUGCAUCAGACGCAUAUGAUGACAGUUACCUAGGCUACUCUGUAGCAGUCGGAGAGUUCACAGGUGAUUCGGAACAAGAACUGGUAGCAGGGGUACCUCGAGGGGCUCACAACUUUGGUUAUGUGGCUGUGAUCAAUGCAACAAACCUGACUUUUAUUCAGAAUUUUACUGGGGAGCAGAUGGCCUCUUAUUUUGGAUACACCGUUGCAGUGACUGAUCUAAAUGGAGAUGGGCUAGAUGACGUACUAGUUGGAGCUCCACUCUACAUGGACCGUGAGUUUGAGAGUAAACCUCGUGAGGUGGGCCGUGUGUACUUGUAUUUGCAAGAGGACGCGCUUCUCUUCUCUCCUCCAAUCACACUCACUGGAACGCACCUGUUCGGCCGGUAUGGAAGUGCCAUCGCCCCUCUCGGAGAUAUCAACCAGGAUGGCUACCUUGACAUGGCAAUAGGAGCUCCGUUCGCAGGAGAGGAUCGUGGUGGCAGGGUCUUCAUUUAUAACGGGCAAAAAUCUGGGCUGAUGUUACAGGCAUCUCAAGUGCUGAAAGGCGACUGGGCCUCAUCCGCUGUCCCAGCAGGCUUCGGAUUCACCCUGCGUGGAGAUUCUGACCUCGAUAACAACCAGUACCCUGAUUUGCUGGUCGGUGCAUUUGGAGUGAGUAAAGUUGUGGCCUACAGGGCAAGGCCAGUGGUCACGGUGGACGCUCAGCUAAUUUUGACACCCAGAAUUCUCAACCCUGAGGACAAGUCCUGCCGCAUGCCCAAUUCUGAUGAUAUGGUAACCUGUCUGUCAGUAAAUGUGUGCGCAAAGAUCUCUGGGAUUGGUAUUCCUGAUUAUGUAGCUCUAAGAAUGGACCUGCAGCUGGACUGGCUGAAGCAGCGUGGAGCAGUUAAGAGGAUCUUGUUCAUGGACUCUCACCAGCACCAGAGAACCCAGCAGUUGGUUCUGGGUCAAGGGGACCGCCAACAUUGCCACAACUACUCUGUUUACCUGCGGGAUGAGGGAGAGUUCAGAGAUAAACUGAGUCCUAUCAGCGUGACGCUGAACUACAGUCUGGACCAGAACUCUCCUCCACCUGGCCUACAGCUGCGGCCCAUUUUGGACCACUACAGCAAGACCUUCCACCAUGAGCAGGCCAACAUCCUGUUGGACUGUGGAGAAGACAACAUGUGCAUCCCAGAUCUCAAAUUGUCUGCUAAAAUGGACCGGACUGAACUUUUAAUCGGGGAUGACAACUUUCUUAUGUUGACCAUUAAUGCAGCCAAUGAGGGCGAGGGGGCGUAUGAGGCAGAGCUUCAUGUGACCCUCCCACCAGAGGCAGACUAUAUUGGUGUGGAGCGCAGACGUGAGGAUCUUCAGCGACUGAACUGUGAGCACCGGACAGAGAAUGAUACCAGAGUUGUGGUUUGUGACCUGGGAAACCCAAUGGUGGCUGACACAAACUUAUCGGUUGGUUUACGGUUUUCUGUGCAGCGACUGGAAGAUGCCCCUCCUACCAUUGGCUUUGAGCUUCAGAUACACAGCUCUAAUAAAGACAACUCAAGAAGCGUUCCAGUGAACUUGACUCUGAGCAUUGCAGCGAGAGCACAGGUGGAGAUCCGAGGUGUGUCUCACCCAGCUCAGGUUGUUUUACCAUUCCCUCGAUGGGAACCCAAAGAGAAACCUGUACGAGAGGACGACGUCGGCCCUCAGGUUCAACACAUAUAUGAGUUACAUAAUAAGGGUCCGAGUUCAAUAAGCAGGACUGUGUUGGAGGUAGGGCUGGCCCAGUCCGUUUUCCAUGAGGAACACCUCCUUUAUCUCCUUCAGAUCGUCACUGACGGUCCAGUGCACUGCAGUGUCAACGGCUCCCUAAACCCACUGAAUUUAGAGACCUCCAGUCUUCAGGACACUCCAGAAUUACUGGGCUUUCUGAAGAACAGCAGCACUCCGAAUCGCCAUAGACGAUCUGUUUCUACAGCCCAGAGUUACAACAGCAAGAUACUGAACUGCUCAAAUAUCAACUGCCUGAUGGUGGAGUGUGUUGUGGACCGCUUGGAUCGAGGCCAAAGCGCAGUGAUCAAGUUCAGAUCUCGACUCUGGGCUCACACCUUCUUACAGAGACGGAAUGACCACUACACGCUGAACUCCACAGUGUCCUUUCAAGUGAUGGCCAUGCCUUAUCGGAUCAAAGCUGAUUCACUCCCACACCAGAGCAAAUCAAUUGGCACAUUUGUGGUGUGGGCCAUUCCUGACGUUUCCUUUGCCAUUCCCCUGUGGGUAAUAAUUCUGGCCAUACUGCUGGGAUUGCUGGUGCUGGCUAUGCUUAGCCUAGCAAUGUGGAAGUGUGGCUUCUUUGAUCGAGCGCGGCCACCCAAAGAUGAUGACGUGUCGGACCGUGAGCAGCUGACCUCAGAAAAAUCCACAGACGCGUGAGAGCAGAACAGAUGACAAGUAUGAAUACAGAGGUCAUGGGAUGAUGAAUCACCAUGAAGAGAGUGAAGGAGCUGUGGCCAAAGGUGCCGGUAUCUUUGUAGAAGUCUACAGAUCCAAGCCUGUAAAUAAACUACAGCUCUCACACUGGACUGCGAUCUGUGUCCUGGGCCACAGUACCACUCAAAAACAUUUCUAAAGCUUUAUUUAAAAUGAAGGAAGAGCAAAAUCUCUGAACUUUGCGCUCUGAUAGAGCUGCAAUAUCCACAGGAUCCAAAGAGCCACGUGCCAGAAUAUCAAUACAGUCCCAAAGAUAAAGAUCUUGCUGUCUGAUCAACUCCAUCAAUAUAUAUUGAAGCAAAGUGAUGAUUUCUGACACUACAGUGGGGAAAUAUUCAUUUGAUUCACUGCUGAUUUUGUAAGUUUGUCAACUUACAAAGAAAUGAAGGGUCUGUAAUUUUUAUGAUAGGUUUAUUUUAACUUAUAGGGACAGAAUAUCAACCAAAAAAUCCAGAAAAAACCCAUUAAAGGUUAAUGUACAGGCACAUGUAGAGGACUGUUUAAAGUUUGCCAAAAACGUCUUAAUGAUUCAGAGAAGGCUUUGAAGGAAGUGCUGUGGUCAGAUGAGACCAAAAUUGAGCUCUUUGGCAUUCACUUGACUCGCUGUGUUUGGAGGGAGAGAAAUGUUGACUGACCCCAAGAACACCAUCCCUACAGUCAAGCACAGAGGUGGAAACAUUAUGCUUUGGGGCAGGACGACUUAACUAUAUUGAGGGGCAAAUGGCCAUUUACUGUAAAAUCUUGCACGAAAACCUCCUUCCCUCAGCCAGAACACUGAAGAUGGGUCUUGAUGGGUCUUCCGGUAUGACAAUGACCUGAAACAUACCAGCAAGGCAACAAAGGAGUGACUCAAGAAGAAGCAUACCAGUCUCAGGCCUCAAUCAUACAGAAAACCUGCAGAGGGAGCUGACACCUCGAUUUACCGAACGACGGCCAAGAAACCUUGAAGGGUUAGUUCACCCAAAAAUGAAAAUUAGGUCAACAUUUACUCAACAUAAAAGAAGGUAUUUUAAAGAUUGCUGGUAGGAACAAAAAUACUAUGGAAGUCAAUGGGAACCACCAACUGUUUGAUUACACACAAUCUUCAAAAUAUUUUCUUUUAUGUUCAACAAAAUAAAGCAACUCAGACAGGUUUGGAACGACAUGAGGGUGAGUAAAUGAUGGCAGAAUUUUCAUUUUUGGGUGAACUAUCCCUUUAAGGAUUUAGAGAGGAUCUGUAAAGAGGAGUGGAUCAAAAUCCCUCCUGAGAUGUGUGCAAACCUGGUGACAAUUACAAAAAAGCAUCUUACCUCUGUGCUUGCCAACAAGGGUUUCUGCACCAAGUACUAAGUCAUGUUUUGCUUGGGGAUCACUCAGUUAAUGCAAAUCAAUUUCUAACCUUUAUAUAUAUAUUUUUUUUCCUUCAGAAUUUUUUGGUUGCUGUACAUUAAAAUAAACCUAUCAUAAAAAUGACAUACCCUUAAUUUCUCUGUAAGUGGGCAAACAUACAGCAGGGCAUAUAAUAAAUAUUUUCCCCACUGUAUAUUGUUUAACAUUAUUAGCAGAACAUCCGAUCAUCUCAAUCACCAGCUCAGCACAGGAUCUGAAUCAUUCCACACUACGCUUCACAUUGGCCACAUACACAUUGCAGCUAAAUAUGGAUUCACUCUGCUUUUAAGGCAUUUCUGGUAUUUCUUUAGUUUCAUUUUUAAAUAUCAAAUACCAAACAGGAUAAACUGUUCCAUAUUUCACGUUAACAGCAGAGAGAUUAUUACUGUGGCUCGGGAGUGACUCCUGUUUUAUAUAAACACACACAGAACAAUUAUUUAGGCGAUUCACACCCACACUUGUAUAUGGUUGUCACUACCAAAACUUUGCAGUGUAUAUAUGGCCAAUAUUUACAGGAUGUAUAAAAACAGCACAUAGAUUGUCACAAUAAUUGAUGUCACCUGCAGUGUGUACUGUACUUUAUGUAUAGACAAAAAAGUAUUGAUAAUGAUUGUGUAGUGGUUAAUUCUGCGAUCUGACUAGAAUCUUGCAAAGCUGGUCUGUUGCAUCAUCAGCCCACAAUGUAGUUUCACAGCAUUGUCUCAUUCCACAUGUCUUGUUAAUGAUUGUACUGAUUACAUAUUGAAACUUGUAAAAUAAUUGCUCACUAAGUACAAAGAUGGGGGUGGGGGUUUUGAACGGAUAUAAAUUAUAUGUGCAAUAAUGGGACAUUUUUGAGUUGAUAAUUUGUGUGUACACUGGCUCCAAAAUGUUUAAAACCUGAGGUUCAGGUUGUUUUGUAUAUAAAGUUAAAAUACUUAUUUGUCAGUCUAAUGUAAUGACAUGAAUAUUUCUUUUACAAACUAAUGGGGAACAACAAUAUUUUGUCUUUCGGUGCUCUAAAAGCAAUGAAAAAUAUUGUUAGAUGACGUGGGCACAUUUAUUUCAUCUUUUGGGAAUUUGUUUUUAAGAAUGCUGCUCUAACAUGUUGCAUUCAGAGCAUGUUAAUGUUUUUUUUUUCUAGUUUAAAAUGGAUUUUUACUUCAGUCAUUGUCCACCAAUGUCUUUCAUUACAUAUUGACUGAAAAUAGAAGAACUGGUUUAAAUAAUUUUAGUCAUAACAAAACCACAUCUUGUCAUAUUUUCUCCUCUGGAAGGACAUGAUCAAUGUUUCAGUUCAUGACUGAUGAAUUAAGAUGUGCACCCCUGUCUAUAUUUAGUUUGCACACAUCUGCAAUUAAAAUGGAAUUG